CUCCAUGUGUGUAUCUUAUGGGCAGUGGAUGGAAGAAAAAAAAAGAACAAAUGGAACGAGAUGGUUGUUCUGAACAAGAGUCCCAACCAUGUGCAUUUAUUGGAAUAGGAAAUAGUGACCAAGAAAUGCAGCAGCUGAACUUGGAAGGAAAGAACUAUUGCACGGCCAAAACAUUGUACAUAUCUGAUUCAGACAAAAGGAAGCACUUCAUGUUGUCUGUAAAGAUGUUCUAUGGCAACAGUGAUGACAUUGGUGUGUUCCUCAGCAAGCGGAUAAAAGUCAUCUCCAAACCUUCUAAAAAGAAACAGUCAUUGAAAAAUGCUGACUUGUGCAUUGCCUCAGGAACAAAGGUGGCUCUGUUUAAUCGACUUCGAUCUCAGACUGUUAGUACUAGGUACUUGCAUGUAGAAGGAGGUAAUUUCCAUGCCAGUUCACAGCAAUGGGGAGCAUUUUACAUUCAUCUCUUGGAUGACGAUGAAUCAGAAGGAGAAGAAUUCACAGUGCGAGAUGGCUACAUCCAUUAUGGACAAACAGUGAAACUCGUAUGCUCAGUUACUGGCAUGGCACUCCCGAGAUUGAUAAUUAGGAAAGUUGAUAAGCAGACCGCAUUACUGGAUGCAGAUGAUCCUGUAUCACAACUUCAUAAAUGUGCAUUUUACCUUAAGGAUACAGAAAGAAUGUACUUGUGCCUUUCUCAAGAAAGAAUAAUUCAAUUUCAGGCCACUCCAUGCCCAAAAGAACCAAAUAAAGAGAUGAUAAAUGAUGGAGCUUCCUGGACAAUCAUUAGCACAGAUAAGGCAGAGUAUACAUUUUACGAGGGAAUGGGCCCUGUCCUUGCUCCAGUCACCCCUGUGCCUGUCGUAGAAAGUCUUCAGUUGAAUGGUGGUGGGGACGUAGCAAUGCUCGAACUUACAGGACAGAAUUUCACUCCAAAUUUACGAGUAUGGUUUGGGGAUGUAGAAGCUGAAACUAUGUACAGAUGUGGGGAGAGUAUGCUCUGUGUUGUCCCAGACAUUCUGCAUUCCGAGAAGGUUGGAGAUGGGUGGCAGCCUGUCCAGGUUCCAGUAACUUUGGUCCGUAAUGAUGGAAUCAUUUAUUCCACCAGCCUUACCUUUACCUACACACCAGAACCAGGGCCACGGCCACAUUGCAGUGCAGCGGGAGCAAUCCUUCGAGCCAAUUCAAGCCAAGUGCCCCCUAAUGAAUCAAACACAAACAGCGAGGGAAGUUACACAAAUGCCAGCACAAAUUCAACCAGUGUCACAUCAUCUACAGCAACAGUGGUGUCCUAACUACCGUCUUUUUGCUAGGACUUAACUGACUUGAGUGCGGCAAAAAGUUGACAAAAAAAAAAAAACGAACAAUCUUUUGUGGUUUCUUGGGAAAACUUUUUGUACCAGGUGAUACUAUUCAAAAACACUGUUACCUGCAAGUGCUGAUUUGAAAUGCAGAAGCCACAGUAAAACAAACAAAAAACCCCACCAAAAUGUACAAACUAUUGGAAAUAGAGUUUUUUAGCUUUUUGUUUGUUUGGUUGGUUGGUUGGCUGGUUUUUGUUUGGUUUUGUUUAAAUGGGCAAAAAAUAGAUAUGUGGCUGGAAUAAAAGUUAAGCAAACUAGAAUACACAGAUCUAACAUAGUUUUUAUGGACCAAGGAACUUGUAUAAGCUUUAGUGUAAAAGGUACAUUUUCACCAUACCUUUUUUAUUUCACCGUAUAUAGUACACCUUGUUACCAAAUAGGUUGUUCUUCUCCCCACCCCCCUUUGAGUUUUUUCUCUAAAGUACAUUCAGGUUCCAAGCCUGACCAUGCUUGUUUAAUCUAAUUCCCAUACUCUUCCAGGUUUUUUUGGUCUAAGGCUGGAACUUUUUUUUUUUAAGCUGAAGUCUUAUGACUUUUCAUGAGUCAAAAUUGUUUUGAUUUCAGCAAGUUAAAUCUUGUAAAGGCCUGCAUUUUUCUUUUUUAAGAUUAUAUGAAGUCUGUGCAAAAGCUUUAAAAAAAUGCCUCUGCCUUGCCUGCAAUACAUGCGAUGUACGUUAACUUAGUCUCUAUUCUCAGACACUGUUGGUAGUUAUUUCUGUGGUUUUUUUUUUUUUUUUUUCUUUUUUAAAUGUAUUUAUAAUGGUAAACCAAGAGGUUCUAACAUUUACCUGAAAUUCAAUGUGGCCAUUUAGUCAUUAAUGAGUUUAUGGCACAGAACAUGUUGGUAUUUGAAGAGUUCUCUCCCCUUUUCUCAUACAUAAAUACAUCUCUGUGUUCCAGGAUUUGUUCAGAUUUUUCUCCCCCUCAUAAUCUUGUACAUAUCUUGUAUUAUGUGUAACUUAAACAUUUUAUUUUGAACUUGGAAUGUUCCCAGUGAUUUUGUUCAGCAGGGUGUUUUCUGCCUUGUUGGCAAAUCAUAACGAAUAUCAUGAGAAGUAUUGCUACCAGUUGGUAGAUGGUCCCCUUAUGCUGGAAUGAGGAAAAUCUCAGUAAAAGCAUGCUUUAUUGUCUUUCCUUAUAUUUUAUUUUAUUUUCGGGGUAGCCUAGACCAGAACAUCAUUGUACUCUUAAAACAUAAGAUGCUUUUAUUAGAAGAUCAAAUAAAAUAGCUGGAAGACAGUACUUUAGAAACAGAUAGAUGUAAGAUUAUAAAAAUGCAAAUGUAACUUAUGUUUUCAUUUCUCUCUGCUUUUUUUUGUCUUCCCUUCUCCAGUAUUGAACAUCUCCACAGAUGUCUCCUACUUAGAAAACAUUUCCUUUCCUUUCGGUUAAGAUUUGGUUGCAUUCAGGGUUGUGUGUUGGCCUUGCAUGCAGAUCUUGCCAGUUUUACACUGCUUCCUUCCAUUCCUGCACUUUAGUGAUGCCUUUGUUCGGUUUCUUAGAAAUUGCAGUAGACUCAUUGGGCAGUAGUUAGUACAGGAACCACAUGUGUAAUGUUAUAGGACACUGUCUGGUAAUACAAUCAUCCUUCUUAGAGUAAAAACUACCUCUAGAUUGUGGUAAGCUUUUACUGUCCCAUAAAACAGGAGCCACAAGUACCUUAUGAAUGCAAAACUGUAACUUCAUACAGUACUUCCAUACAGAACAUUGUCUUUCUGGUGUCCUUGGCUAUUUUGAAAAAGUUUCCAUUAAUAGACUUUUGAAAAAUCA